AAAAGAGUAUCCCUAACUCUUUAUAAAUAGCCGUAGUAGUAGAAGAUAAUAGAUAUGCAAUUGAAUUCUAAACAGAAUUGCACCUUCAAUGGCUUCCCUACUCACCUUCCUGGCCAUUAUAGCCACUGCAUUCUUCUUUGUCGACACCUUUGCCAUUCCUACAGCCAGACAGCUAGAGGAGCUUGAAACAAGUGCUGCGUUUAGCUACUCUGGCGACACUGGCCCUGACAAAUGGGGAAGCUUGAGCCCUGAUUAUGCGGCAUGCUCGAACGGAAAAUCACAGUCUCCAAUUAACAUUGUGGAGAACAAAGCUGUUCCUAAUAAAACCUUGAAGCCCUUAAGAAGACAAUAUUACCCUGUAAAUGCCACGUUGGUUAACAAUGGCUACAAUGUUGAGAUGGAAUUUGGAAAUGCAGGAGCAGGAGUGUUGAUUGGAAAUGGAAAAAACUACACCUUGCAGCAAAUGCACUGGCAUACUCAUUCUGAGCACACAAUUGAUAAUGCCUCAUUCGAUGCAGAGCUUCAUCUAGUCCACAAGGCUAGCGAUGCCAACAUCUCAGUUAUAGCCAUCCUUUAUGAACUUGGCAAUGGCAACAAAUCUGAUCCUAUUAUUAGCAAGAUCCAAAGUCAAUUAGCUAAGUUGGCAAGUAAUGAAACAGAAAUUGAUAUUGGGACCUUUGACACCUCGCAAUUGUGGAAAAAAACCAACAAGUAUUAUAGAUAUGUUGGUUCUCUCACCACUCCUCCAUGCACUGAGAAUGUUAUCUGGCAUGUCUUGGGCGAGGAGAGACCAAUAUCUAAUAACCAAAUUAAUGCUUUGAAGGCUCCAUUGCUAUCGACAUGUAAGAAUAAUUACAGACCUGUGCAACCAUUAUAUGGACGACAAGUUGCGUUAUUCGAUGAUUAACAAUUUACACAAGUAUUGAUGAAGACAAGUCGCUAUGAGCAUCUACAAUGGGAUAGUUAAAGUGAUAAAUGUGAGACUUAAAAAUGUGUAUUAAGGUGUGUUAAUUUUAAAAAGUAAGUAGUGAUGCAAUGAAUGUGUUAAGAUGUGUGUUAAAAUAUAUAUAUAUAUAUAUAUAUA